AUGGCUGAUGCCGUAUCAUCGCUUACGAAAAAACAAAAUUUGCGGGGUGCAUCGCAGGGGGCUGGCCAGGUCUUGCCAGCUCAACAGCAACGUCCGAGCGAAACUCUGCUCUAUCUCGCCAAUGCCUUCACUCCCACUUCUUACUCGCCCCCUUGCCUGUCUGGUCGGCAACGGUCUCGCCUCUCGUCAAACUUCCCCGCCCUCUCCUCUGUGCACAGCAUCAGCCACAUCCGCGAUGAGCAAGACAGGAAGGUGGAUGUAAAUGCGCGCCCUCGCGGGGCAGGUUAUCAUACCCUUGCGCGUUCCGGGGACAUCUCAAGUCCGUCUACAUCCCGCGCUCCGGGGGUUCCAACCGUGCCAGAUGAGACCAUCCACCCAAAGCUCACCGCUAAGCUCAGGGCGCUGGCAUGGUACGCAAAACCGCCACGCCGCCACCACAUACGAAGGGACGAUUACGAAGACGAAAAGCAUAGGCGAAACUCUGAUUUGAUUUUUUGGGCGUGA